AUGAACACGUUGACGGAAACCCGCAAGACUGACGGCAAAGGAUAUGGAGUCUUCGCCCUACAGCCGCUCAAACGAGGCACUAUCAUUUACACAGAGGAGCCAAUCCUUUCUUUCGACAAACCGUCACACCUCGUCUCCCCCGCGGACCUGGAGCUCGCAGUGAAGAAACUGGGAGCUGCAGAUCGAAAGGCUGUAUUGGCGCUACACCGAGGCACUUCCGUUCGGUUUGCCUCCAAGCUCAAGGCAAUCUAUCACGCCAAUAGCUUCGGAGACCAGGAAAGCUCGUCUUUAUACCUCAAAAUCUCACGGAUCAAUCACUCUUGCAUUCCAAAUGCAGUAGUGACGGAAUGGCAUGCCGUCAUAGCUUUGAAAGACAUCGCCGAGGGCGAAGAACUCGAGAUCAGCUAUUUGAACGAUCGCAUCUCAGGAUGGACUGCAAGGCAACGGAAGGCGUUGCUGGAGAUGCACUACGGUUUCGAAUGUCGGUGCAUUGCUUGUCGACCUACCGAGUUUAUGAGGCUAAGCGAAUGUCGCCGGAAAUUGAUCACGCACCUCAGAUAUGCGUUGGACGGUUCUCCUCCCGACUAUAGUAGAUUUGAGAACAUUGUUCUCACGCGGACGCCUGACCCUCCAGCUCCUCGCUGGCGCCCACUCACCGAGGUUCAGCGAAUCGAAUACACCUUCCUCCUCGCCUGCCUCUAUGAAGCUGAGGGGCAAUGCCCAGCUCAACAGGUUGCGGAACUCUUGGCGAGGAGAAACUACGUCCUCACUCUGGUGAAGGACGAGAACCAUUCGCGAUGCGGUUUGAGAAGAGUCCAAUACCAAUUCUCUUGA